AUGAACUUUUUGGACGGUGACACAAAUGCCAUGAUAGCAAUCGUUGUCGCACGCGUCACUACCGGUGUAAGAUCCCAGCCGGCACCCGAGCAAGCAAAGGCUAAGCAUUCUACGACAGGUGACGGUGCACAGCCAAAAUGCGGGCGAUGCGAACAUGCCAAAAAGCAAUGCGUCUAUGAAACUGGACGACGAUUCAGGCGGUCGUCCAUCCAGGAAACCUUCAGCGAGAGCCAGCCCUGGGUUUCUAUGCCUCCUCGCAUACAAUUCUUGGAUGAAUCAAAUGAGAUUCGAUCGCAGUACUCAGAUGAAGCACACUACCCAUUUCAUAGUCCUCCUGCUGCGCAAGGCUUCUCACCACAAGCCCAUUGUUCUAUAAACGGCGGCAACCACACAGGUACGCCGCCGACUUCUGUCAUCACGCCUACGGAAGGACUCACAGUCUUGUCGCUGCUGAAUUCUGAAUCUCCGGCCCAGUCUCAUACUCCUGGCAUCUCCCCGCCGUAUGAUCAUCAUAUACCAUCCAACAAGUCACAGCCACAUGAGCCUCGUACGUUCGUCUAUCAGCAGGCACCGGGUGAGCCUAUCCUCUGGCCGCUCGAACAUGAGCAGGAGGCCAUGUUGCUACAGCACUACAUCGAGAAUGUAGCGUUGUUCUUUGACAUGAUCGACAAUGAGUGCCACUUUGCAGUGCAUGUUGUACAGAGAGCGAAGAAGGACAGCACUUUGAUGAACGCAAUCUUGGCUUUAUCUGCACGUCAGCUUAGCCGGACCACAGAUUUCGACCCAUACAUUGCAGAUGCAUACUACCAACGGUGCUUCGAUACGUUGAUCCCAGCGCUCAACGACAACCGUGUCGCCAUGAAGGAUGAGUCUUUACUUGCAGCGACCAUUAUCCUACGACUCCUUGAAGAGAUGAACAUCUCCAUCGUCGGUAAUGACCCGCAAGGGCAUCUGUUUGGAACCCAAGCGAUCAUACGUGCAGCUGAACAGUCGUACGCUGCGACAACCGGGCCAAGCUUCCGACAGGCUAUCUACUGGGCUGCCUUCCGCCAGGAGUUAUGGAUCUCUCUAAUGACACAGCGUGCCUUUCAACUGCACAUCUUCCCAGCUGACCGAUCACUCGAGCCCGCCAACGACUCAAUUUGGGCGACACGCACCAUCGCCCAUCUAGGUGACGUGUGCAACUUCGCGUUUGGGGAAGACAGGCAUAGCAUCUCGCGCUACAGCCAGCUCAUGGACGAGAAUAGGUCUUGGAGGACACGUCGACCUGACAGCUUCGAUCCCUUCUACUACCGACAAGAUCGAGAUGGCAGCGGCAGAAACUUUCCAGACAUCCGGCUGCAUGAGAAGUCACAUGUGAUGGGCACACAGUACAACACACUCGCUCACAUGCUUUUGGUCGUGCAUGACCCCACAAUUCCGCAGCUUGGUCCGGCGCACAAACAGUCCCGUGCCGUCGUCGACAGAAUGGUCCAAGAAGACGUUCGAACGCUUUGCGGUGUUGCGCAGUCGAAUGGAAAGUUUUUUCCCUGCAAGUUCGUUGCUUGCUUUGCCAUCGCGCUGGUAGGUGAUCGCUUCCCUAUGCGAGAGGAUCAGGAACGAUUGCGCGAUCUCUGGUAUGCUUGUGAACGUUCGCAUGGCUUCCCACCAACAGCAACGAUCCAACAACUUGAAGAAUCAUGGCGCUGGCACAACCACUGA